GGACGACGUGAGUCUCCUCUCGCCGCAGCUUCAGUCGUUGAAGUAGCAAUUGACACUCAGUGAAAUUUUUCUACUCAAUUUUCUAUUCAGUGAUUGGUAAACUGGACGAUCAUCAUCAUCAUCAUGUCACGAACUGUGAAGUUUCUUGUUGUUUUGGUGUUCCUUUUUAUGGGGAUUCAGGCGGUUGUUGGGCUGAAGCUGAAGUUCCUAAAUGUGGUAUUUCGUCAUGGAGAUAGGACUCCACUGGAAAGCGGUACCGAAGUAUUUCCCACUAAUCCGUAUGUAAAUGAGACCUUCGCCCCUUAUGGUCACGGACAAUUGACCAACCAAGGAAAGCAACGCGUAUACGACUUUGGUCGCUACGUUCGCCAGCAAUACAGUGAAUUCCUGGGAGAUAUAUAUCAUCCAGAAAUGAUCCGUGCCCGUAGUUCUGAUAAAGACAGAACUAAGAUGUCUCUACAAUUAGCGAUGGCAGGAGCUUUUCCUCCAUCGCCUGGGCAGCAAUGGAAUCCAAGCUUACAUUGGCAGCCAGUUGUCACGAAUUACAUGCCCCGUCCCGAUGUUCUUGUGAUGCCCAUCGAGUGCCCGCAGUUUGCAGCAGAGUUGCAGAAAACGCUGCAACUCCCGGAAAUCCGAGAAAAGGAGGCGCAGUACAGCGAAUUGAUGAGAAAUCUUACAGAGUGGACGGGCAAAUCAAUAGUCGAUACAAAGAAUGUUGCUGGUAUUUACUCCAGCCUGAAAGCGUUGUAUUUCAUGGGACUUGAACUUCCUGAAUGGACGGAGGGAAUCUUCCCUGAGGGCUUGCUAUCCGAUGCCGCCGUUUUUCAUUUCCGCAUAGGCAGCUAUACGAAAAGACUAAAAACGCUGAAUGGAGGAAUCAUGUUGAAGAACUUCACUGACACUAUGUCAUCUGUAAUCAGCGGAGAAGAGCCUGAUCUCAAAAUGAAUUUCUUCGGAGGUCAUGACUAUAAUAUUGUUUCAUUCCUGGAGAUUUUUGAUUAUAAUGAACCUCACGGAGCUCAAUAUUCGAGCGCUAUUUUUGUUGAAUUGCUGGAAGAUGAUGAUCAUAAACAUUACGUCAAGGUAUAUUACUACAAAGGAAUUCCAGCGGACCGAGUACCGGUGAAUAUCCCCGGUUGUGGUGAAGUGUGCCCUUUCGAUGAAUUCAUUAAAUUGUUCAGAGACAUUUUUCCUACUCAGGAAGAUAUAAUAUGCCCAAAAGAUAAAAUAGCGAAAAUUUUUUGAAAAUGUUUUUGAGUGUAUUUUAAUUCUUGUACAGAUAAUGAAAUGGAU